CACGAAACCUAUAUAACCUCUCGCCCGAUCCUAUACGAUACGAGGCAGUAUAAAACCAGCGGACGUGCGGAUUAUACUUUGCGGUACGGAGAAACCCGUGCAAUAUCAGAAAAGGCGAUUAACCUGGUUAUCGCUGAGGCUAAGAAGGAGGGUAUAGUAAGCGCUGGGGAGGCCCAACUCCUUAGCUAUAUAGGUAUCGUUCACCAAGAGCGCAAGACCCUAAGAAAGGUCAAUACAGUUGUCUACGGUAUGGCUAGUGAUAGAGAUAAGUUUCAUUUUCCCCAUAUAAACAAUGACAGGGGGGAAUGGUCCAAUUAUCCCAUUACUACUGAGGGCAAGUGUCUGAUUUAUGAAUAG